AUGUAUCUUCAGGCUCCCCAAUACCAUGUUCUUUCAAAAAUAUGGUGUGGCUCUGAUCAUGUGAUAUAUAAAGUUGAGAAUAGGUGAAAUUCAUAGGAGUGUGCUAUAAAAAUUGAAAAAUCUCCUGGAAUAGGCUAGAUCCAAAAUGAAAUUGGAAUGCUUAAUAAAUUAAAAGGUAUUUCAAGUAUUCCAGUUUUAAUAUCAUAUGGAGUUACCCCAGAGAAUAAGUAAUUUAUUAAAUAUAAUAAAUUAAGAUCUUUUCUUAUUAUUCCAUUACUACAUGUUAACUUAGGUGAAAUAGCCAAAAAGAAAUAAAUAUCUUUAACUUAAAUAUUAAGGAUUAGAAUGAAGAUUACUGAAAUUUUAGAAAAACUUCAUUAAUAAAAUAUACUUCAUCUAGACAUCAAACCAAAAAACAUUAUGAUAUCAUAACCUUUAGUAAAUGAUUCAAAAAUAUAACACCCUGAUCUUAUUCAACUUAUUGAUUUUAGAUUAUCAUAAGAAUUAAUUAGAAAUUCAAAAUUAUUGAAAAAUGUAUUUAUUGGCUCAUUAAAUUUUGCCAGCAGAUAAUCUCAUAAAGGAAAAUAACUAGGCUAUAAGGAUGAUUUAGAAAGUCUCUUGUAAGUUUUGGUUUACUUAAGAAAUAAUAUGUAUAUACUUUACCCUUAGUAGCAUAUACAAAUUAUUUCAAGCUAAAGAUUAAUACCUCUCUUCAUAACAAACUUAUUAUAAUGGGGUUCAAGUAUCACUAUAAUUAGUUAUGUAACUUUUGUUGGUAAAUUUUAUAUGUUUUAUGCUUUCAUAUAAUUAUUCCAAAAUAACUCAACAUUAGAUAAUUAAAUUAUAAUGUUCUGCUAUAAUAACUAUUCUCCAUAGAUAUUAAAUAUUUGA